GCAGAUGCUGAUUGGCCACACAUGUAAAUAAACCCACACAACGUAUUGAAAGGGACAGGCACAUACAAUACGUUAUUAUUUAAUUGCCUGUACAGGACUGAGUGUAUGCGCGUGUGAAGCUUUCCCGCUCUGAGUGUCCUCCCUGGCGUGUGGUGGUGGGGGCACAACACGAAGAACACAACACGCGAAGCUCAUAGACCAAUAUGGGAGUGAGGCGAUACAGUGGUACACAAUCGGAAAUACAUGACACGUCUGCGGCGCCUGUUGAAUGCACUAGCGUGUGAGGCGACGGGGUGUCCCGGACGAGGUGCUACCGCUACUGCUGGUGCUACCUAGGCCGCCACCAUGGCCGGGACGGGACAGGUGCUGGCCAAUGUAAACUUCUCGCGGUACUCAAGCGCGGUGUUCGUGGUGGCGCAGGAGGUGAUGUGGCGCGUCUUCCACUGGCUCUACCACCACCACCACCGCCACGAGCCCCACUUGUACGUGGGGGACUGCCUCCGCCGCACCCCCGGGGGCAUGAGCAGACUUGGGGCGUGGGAGAAGGCCUCCCUGUCUCGGCGGGAGGACCCAGCCAACAUGGGACAUCCCGCUGUUGUACCGGCUGCUGCAACACACUUGCGGCCUCGCCCAGGAGACUAGCACGUUUGCCUGGCACAAGCCACCCAGGGACCCGGCACAGCAGUGCCUGGAGCACUGGCUGCAUCAAAUCAAGACUGUGAGACAUACAGUGUGUCAUAACCCCACUGCCAUCAUGCACCUCACCAAUGAAGAGCUGGACACUCGCCUCAACAAUCUGUCGUGGCUGCUGUGCAACACGGUGGGGGCAGCAGGCCAGCGCUCCGCUCGACCAUCUGUCGAGGUGGAGGCAGCUGCACGUAGCAUCAGGGAAAGGCUCACCCAGAUCCGAAUCUCUGUGCCUUUAUCACUUAUUCAUCCUUUAGAGUUUGCACUGCUGGCCAGGAAGGAACAAAGGGAGCAGUGGCAUGGCCGCACCAUUUGGAAGACGCCAACAUUUGCAAUGCUGUUGCAGGGUGAGGUGGACGUGCAGAUAGAACACGGAGUGAAGGUUCUGGGCAAGGCCGUCACUGUUAACUCAUUACUCACUCAGCAGGUGAUGGUGACGAGGGUGUCAUUCAAUGAGUGGCUGCUGCAUGAGCCCCAGCUGCCAGGCGAGGUGACAUUGCAACUGGUUGUGGUGGUGGAGUGCCGGGAGGUGUUCACCUGUGACCUGACACGUCUUCUCAAGGGGAGGCUGCUGCCCCAGACCACCCAGCGGUGUCGUUCAGAGGAGGUGCUAGACCUGCUGGGAUCCCUGCGGGUGCUGUGGCUGGUGGAUGGCUCUGAGGCCACAGCACAGGCAUCCGAUGUGCUGCACCAGCUGGUGGAGCUGUGCAGCAAGGGCCACAUGGUGUUGUUCAGGGGCCACCAACACUUCCUGGAUGAAGCGGGAGUCACUCUGCCCAGACUCGAUGUAAAGAACCUCCCAUUUGGCUUCUGCAGCUUCCCUGGGGGCAGAUAGGUGGGAAGGGUGGAGGCAGAAUAUUCCUGUCAUCCAGAAGUAUGUUGUCUCAUCCUAACUUAGUGCAGGUGGUGCAGCACAUAUUCCAGAUUCAGGUGGUCCUUGGCAUUAAUCUUCAUUGUAGUUGUCCCAGUGUGUUCUGCAGAGGCUUUUUGAGGUGGUUGGCAGCUACCCUGCUGAACUCUUGCCUUUUUUUUUUUUUUUACUUGGGGAAUUGAUGGAGCCAUGCAGGCUGUGGUGCUACUGCCUUUAGUGCUGAUUAAAUUCUGGUGAGUUCAUGGAAUUAGUAAAGCAAAUCUAUAACUCGGACAGAAAAAAAUGGGAGGAAUUAGAGAAGUCAAGUUUGCAUAUCUAGAAAAAUUGUAUAAAAAGAUAUUGGAAAUGUAGAUCAGUGUAAGGGAUAAAAAAAGGUUUACUAAAGAAGACACUAAAUGCCUAAUUUGCAAUGCAGAGGUGGAAAAUCUUAAACACUAUGGUAUGCAAGGUGAGAGAAGGGAGUACCUCAAGCUGCCUCACUGUCAAGGACAUCCGGGCUCUGACCACAUUAAAUAAUAGCUUGUAUAUUUUUAUGAAACUAACAGAUUUUUCUAUAAUACCAAUGUAUGCUUGUGGUUUAAGUGAUGAAGUUGCUACUAUUUAAGUUAGUGGUUCUCAACCAUCCCUCCUGGGGGGUGGUGUGGUCACAGGAUGGGAGAAAAAAAUAAAUAAAUAAAAAUUAAAUAUAAUAAUAAUAAUAAUAAUAAUAAUAAUAAUAAUAAUAAUAAUAAUAGUGUGGUCCAAUACAAUGAUAGUCUAGCCAAGGGCUAUUUAUAUGUCUAUCUGAUUAUAUCUAUCUAUGGUGGCAUAGUUGUAGAGGGGGUUGAGUGGGUGGCACAGAGAAGAGGGUGGCCCCAACUGCAUUGAACCAGCCUUGGGAGGGCCCAGCUUGCAAAAGGUUGAAACCCCCUUUUUUAAGUUCCUAAUUUGAGUCUGCAGCUUGUAAUUGUGGACCCAAAACUGAUGGUAACACAGUGGCAGCUCAUGACUAAAAUUAGUGGUGGUGCUGCUUCAGAAGAUUUUUAGCAACUGUUUUAGUAUUAUAUAUAUAUAU